CGCGCUGUGUCUUCCCGCAGUCCCUCGUCAUGGAAUACGCCUCUGACGCUUCACUGGACCCCGAAGCCCCGUGGCCUCCCGCGCCCCGCGCUCGCGCCUGCCGCGUACUGCCUUGGGCCCUGGUCGCGGGGCUGCUGCUGCUGCUGCUCGCUGCCGCCUGCGCCGUCUUCCUCGCCUGCCCCUGGGCCGUGUCCGGGGCUCGCGCCUCGCCCGGCUCCGCGGCCAGCCCGAGGCUCCGCGAGGGUCCCGAGCUUUCGCCCGACGAUCCCGCCGGCCUCUUGGACCUGCGGCAGGGCAUGUUUGCGCAGCUGGUGGCCCAAAAUGUUCUGCUGAUCGAUGGGCCCCUGAGCUGGUACAGUGACCCAGGCCUGGCAGGCGUGUCCCUGACGGGGGGCCUGAGCUACAAAGAGGACACGAAGGAGCUGGUGGUGGCCAAGGCUGGAGUCUACUAUGUCUUCUUUCAACUAGAGCUGCAGCGCGUGGUGGCCGGCGAGGGCUCAGGCUCCGUUUCACUUGCGCUGCACCUGCAGCCACUGCGCUCUGCUGCUGGGGCCGCCGCCCUGGCUUUGACCGUGGACCUGCCACCCGCCUCCUCCGAGGCUCGGAACUCGGCCUUCGGUUUCCAGGGCCGCCUGCUGCACCUGAGUGCCGGCCAGCGCCUGGGCGUCCAUCUGCACACUGAGGCCAGGGCACGCCAUGCCUGGCAGCUUACCCAGGGCGCCACAGUCUUGGGGCUCUUCCGGGUGACCCCGGAAAUCCCAGCCGGACUCCCCUCACCGAGGUCGGAAUAACGCCCAGCCUGGGUGCAGCCCACCUGGACAGAGUCCGAAUCCUACUCCAUCCUUCAUGGAGACCCCUGGUGCUGGGUCACUGCUGCUUUCUCUACCUCAAGGGGCUUGGCAGGGGUCCCUGCUGCUGACCUCCCCUUGAGGACCCUCCUCACCUACUCCUUCCCCAAGUUGGACCUUGAUAUUUAUUCUGAGCCUGAGCUCAGAUAAUAUAUUAUAUAUAUUAUAUAUAUAUAUAUUUCUAUUUAAAGAGGAUCCUGAGUUUGUGAAUGGACUUUUUUAGAGGAGUUGUUUUCGGGGGGGGGUCUUUGACAUUGCCGAGGCUGGUCUUGAACUCCUGGACUUAGACAAUCCUCCUGCCUCAGCCUCCCAAGCAACUGGGAUUCAUCCUUUCUAUUAAUUCAUUGUACUUAUUUGCUUAUUUGUGUGUAUUGAGCAUCUGUAAUGUGCCAGCAUUGUGCCCAGGCUAGGGGGCUAUAGAAACAUCCAGAAAUAGACUGAAAGAAAAUCUGAGUUAUGGUAAUACGUGAGGAAUUUAAAGACUCAUCCCCAGCCUCCACCUCCUGUGUGAUACUUGGGGGCUAGCUUUUUUCUUUCUUUCUUUUUUUUGAGAUGGUCUUGUUCUGUCGACCAGGCUAGAAUGCAGUGGUGCAAUCAUGAGUCAAUGCAGCCUCCAGCCUCGACCUCCCGAGGCUCAGGUGAUCCUCCCAUCUCAGCCUCUCGAGUAGCUGGGACCACAGUUGUGUGCCACCACACUUGGCUAACUUUUUAAUUUUUUUGCGGAGACGGUGUUGCUAUGUUGCCAAGGUUGUUUACAUGCCAGUAGAAUUUAUAAUAAACACUCAUUUUUCCUCCCUCUGGAGAGUUGGUUGGUAAAUUACCAGCACACGCUGUCCCGUCUCUGCUCUACAAAGCUGGCCAGUUUCUUCAGCCCCAUAGUUUCCCCACCAUACAGAUCUUUCACGGCCACCCCUUUAACUAGACCCAUCCUCUGGCUGGCUAAGAUAGCCCUGUGAUUCUGCAACCCAGGGCUUAACAUGUGAUUUGUGGGGAGAAGAGGAUGGUCCCCCCCAACUCUGGUCCAGAAGCCAGUGUCAAAUCUGAUUAGUCAAAUCUGAUUGGUCACCGCCUGUCUGGUACCGGGUUGUUUGCCUGUUUUGAAUAAGAGCCCUGGCAACAGGUGAUUCAAUUCCUUCGUCCCAGCUGAUUGGGUCAGGUUGGACACGUGACUUGAGCUGGGCCAAUCAGGUCUCCCCAGAAAUGUGGGUGGGCUGGACCACAGAGGCUAGAGAGUGGAGAAGAGGAAGUUGUGCAAAGACUCAGGUGUGACCACAGAGUUCCAGAGAGACACCAGAGCUACUUUGAUUUCCUUCUUGCCUCUUGCUGGUGACAUGGGUUGCCAUUUUAAUGGCAAAACUGCAAUAACUUUUGCCUCAACCUAAUAGUUUUCUAGGGCUGCCAUAAGAAAGUACCGUAAAGUGGGUGGCUUUAAGCAAACGAGAUUUGUUCUCGCUCGGUUCUGGAGGCCAGAGUCCAAAGUCAAGGUGUUGACAGGGCCAUGCUCAUUCUAAAGGCUCCAGGGAAAAGGCCUUCGUUGCCUCCUCCUAAGUUCUGGUGGUUGCCAGCAAUCCUCCAAUCUCUGCCUCUGUUGGUCACAUGGCUGUGUUCUUUCUGUGUGACUCCAUUUCUUUGUCUCUUCUUCCUCUUUUUUUCUUUGAGAUGGAAGGAGUCUCACUCUGUCACCCAGGCUGGAGUGCAGUGGCGCCAUCUCGGCUCACUGCAACCUCCACCUCCCGGGUUCAAUCAAUUCUCCUGCCUCAGUCUCCCGAAUAGCUGGGAUUACAGGUGCAUGCCACCACACCCAGCUAAUUUUUCUAUUUUAAUAGAGACUGGGUUUCACCAUGUUGGCCAGGCUGGUCUUGAACUUCUCCUGACCUCAAGCGAUCCACCCGCCUUGGCCUACCGAAGUGCUGGGAUUACAAGCAUGAGCCUCUAUGCCCGGCCUCUUCUUCCUUUUUAUGUAUUGUUUUUUUUGUAGAGACAGGGUCUGGCUAUGUUGCCUAGGCUGGUCUUGAACUCCGAGCAACCCUCCUGCCUCAGACUCCCAAAGUGCCAGGAUUACAGGUGUAAGGCACCAGGCCUGAACUCUCCCCUUUUUAUAAGGACACCAGUCAUGCUGGAUUCAGGGCCCAUCCUCUUCCAAUAUGACCUCAUCUUAAUUUAAAUAAUUACAUCUGCAAAGACCCUAUUUCCAAAGAAGGUCAUUAAUAUAGUUUGGCUCUGUGUCCACACCUACUUUUUUUUUUCUUUUUUUUUUUUUUUUGAGAAAGACUCUCAUCAGUUGCCCAGGCUGGUGUGUAGUGGCGCAGUCUUGGCUCACUGCAACCUCUGCCUCUUGGGUUUAAGUGAUUCUCCUGCCUCAGCCCCCUGAGUAGCUGGGAUUACAGGUACAGGCCACCACUCUUGGCUAUUUUUUUUGUAUUUUUAGUGGAGCUGGGGUUUUGCCAUGUUGGCCAGGCUGGCCUCGAACUCCUGACCUCAAGUGAUCUGCCUGCCUUGGCCUCCCAAAGUGAUGGGAUUACAGACGUGAGCCACCGUACCUGGCCCCCUUGGGGUUCUGAGCUCCCCUAAGCUAAAAUCAAGGUGACUGAAGGAUUGCUUUCCUUCUGGAGGCUCUAGAGGAGAAUUGCUUUCCUUGUUUUUCCAACUUCUAGAGGCUUUGUUUUUAAUUUAAUUUAAUUUAAUUUUGUAAAGACGGGGUCUCCUCAUGUUGCCCACGCUGAUCUUGAACUCCUGACCUCAAGGGAUCCUCCUGUCUUGGCCUCCCAAAGUGUUGGGAUUACAGGCGUGAGCCACUGCACCUGGCAAUUUUAUUUAUUUUUUUGUAGAGAUGAGGUCUUGCUAUGUUGCCUAGGCUGGUCUCAAACUCCUGGGCUUGAGCAAUCCUCCACCAUCUGUAAGAAUUAAAGAAAGAGGAAAGAAACAUGAAAGGUGGCUUAACAGUCAAGGACGGGUUUAUUUUAGAGAAAAUAAACGUGAGAGGGGCUUCUGGCCGAGUUAGGUCAGAGGCACACUCUCUUACAGACUAGGAGUUUUUAAGCAUUUAGUGAGGGAGUUUAUCAGAGGCUUGGACUGCUUCUGUGUUUCUUUCUUUCUUUCUUUCUUUUUUCUUAGUUGAAGUCUCACUCAUUGCCCAGGCUGGAGUGUGGUGGCACAAUCUCAGAUCACUGGAACCUCUGCCUCCCUGGUUCAAGCAAUUCUCCUGCCUCAGCCUACAGAGUAGCUGGGACUACAGGCAUGUGCCACCACGCUGAGCUAAUUUUUGUGGUUUUUUUUUUUUUUUUUUUUUUUGAGACGGAGUCUCGCUCUGUCACCCAGGUUGGAGUGCAGUGGUGUGAUCUCGGCUCACUGCAAGCUCCGCCUCCCGGGUUCAUGCCAUUCUCCUGCCUCAGCCUCUGGAGUAGCUGGGACUACAGGCGCCUGCCACCACACCUGGCUAAUUUUUUUUUGUAUUUUUAGUAGAGACGGAGUUUCACUGUGUUAGCCAGGAUGGUCUUGAUCUGACCUCGUGAUCUGCCUGCCUCGGCCUCCCAAAGUGCUGGGAUAAUAGGCGUGAGCCACCACGCCUGCCCCACAAAGAAUUAUAAAUAAAGCUUUCACUCUUCUUAUGUAAAGACCUGACAAUGCAUACAAUGGUCCAUUGUUGAUUUGGAAGCAGGGACAGUUUUCUAUUACAGUCUGUUGAUUGUAUUGUAUAAUUGUUAAGGGAAAAAAGGAAAAUUAUAUUUCUGUUUGUUUGUUUGUUUGUUUGUUUUGAGAUGGAGUCUAGCUCUGUCACCCAGGUUGGAGGGCAGUGGCACGAUCUCAGCUCACUGCGACCUCCACCUCCCUGGUUCACAAGCGAUUCUCCUGCCUCAGCCUCUUGAGUGGCUGGGGUUACAGACAUGCGCCACCACGCCCAGCUAAUUUUUGCAUUUUUAGUAGAGACAGGGUUUCACCAUGUUGGCCAGGCUGGUCUCCAACUUCUGGGCUCCAGUGAUCCACCCACUUCAGCCUCCCAAAGUGCUGGGAUUACAGGCGUGAGCCACCAUGUCCACCCCGCCCCGCCCCGGUAUUUCUUAUUGGAACUGUUUUUCUUGUUUGAGGUUUCUUUUCCAUACCCUGAAUCUGCAAUGACCCAACCAUAACCUUGCUUCUGAGGCCCAUUCUCUGAUGAGAAAGUUUAGUUCCAAAUGGGGAAAGUACCUGAGUUCCAGCCUUUUCAGCCUGACUUUGCAUCUAUUUAGAGAUAGGGUCUUACAGGGGUGAUCACGUUAAAAUGAGGUCAUUAGGGUAAGCCCUGAUCCAAUAUGACUGAUGUUCUUAUAAAAGGGGGGCUUUGGCUGGAUGUGAUAGGGGGGCUCCUGCCUGUAAUUCCAGCACUUUGGGAGGCCAAGCCAGGUGGAUUGCUUGAGCCCAGAGGCUUGAGACCAGUCAUGGGCAACAUAGCAAGACCCCGUCUCUACAAAAAAUACAAAAAUUUGCUGGGUGUGGUGGCGCACACCUGUAGUCCCAGCUGCUAGGGAGGCUGAGGUGGGAGAUCACUCGAACCUUGAGGUCAAGGCUGCAGUGAGCUGUGAUUACCACUGCAAUCCGCUCUGUGUGACACAGCAAGAUCCAAAAGAAGUGAGGGUGGGGGGUGGAAUUUGGACACAGACACACACAGGGAGAGCACCAUGUGGAGAAGAAAAUGGAAUCCGUGGUCAGGCUCGGUGGCUCACGCCUGUAAUCGCAGCACUUUGGUGGAUCACUGGAGGUCAGGAGUUUGAGAUCAGCCUGGCCAACAUAGCGAAACCUCGUCUCUACUAAAAAUACAAAAGUUAGCUGGGUGUGGAGGCAUUCACUUGUCAUCCCAGCAUCCCAGCUACUCCGUCUCAAAAAAAAAAAAAAAGAAAGAAAGAAAAAAGGAAAAUGUCAUCCACAAGCCAAGGAGAGAGGCCUGGAACAGAGCCCUCCCUUACAGCCCUCAGACGGAACCACAUCUGCCAAUGCCUUGGUUUUGGACUUCCAGCCUCUAGAACUGUUAGACAAUAAAUUUCUGCUGUUGAAGCCCCCAAUAUGAACUACUUUGUUAUAA